AUGGCUUUGGUAUCUGGCCCUGGCAGGGCUGGAGGUUUCCCUUCUGAGGAAUUACAUACCUUGAAGCAUGUUGCUUACAUCAAGAACCUAGACAGUCGGAAAAAUGAACUGGAAUAUUGGCUGACUGAGCAUCUGCGGCUGAAUGGUGUCUACUGGGGUUUGACUGCCCUUUAUAUUUUAGGCCAUCCCGAUGCUUUGUCUCGGGAAGAGACGAUUGAUUUUGUCCUUUCUUGUCAAAAAGAGAAUGGAGGUUUCGGUGCCGCUCCCGGUCAUGAUGCCCAUAUGCUAUAUACCGUCUCUGCUGUCCAGAUUCUUGUCACCAUUGAUGCAGUAGAUGAACUGGAGAAGAGAGGCCAAGGUGGAAAAGAGAAAGUUGGCUCCUUUAUUGCCAGUUUACAAAACAAAGAUGAUGGCUCCUUCAUGGGAGAUGAGUGGGGUGAAACCGAUACUCGCUUCUUGUAUGGUGCCUUCAAUGCCCUGUCACUCCUAGGCUUAAUGGACAUGGUCGAUGUGUCCAAGGCAGUGACCUAUGUUCAAAGCUGUGAGAAUUUUGAUGGCGCGUAUGGCAUCUCUCCCGGUGCUGAGUCUCAUGCCGGCCAAGUCUUUACCUGUAUUGGAGCUCUGUCCAUUGCAGGACGCUUGGACCUGGUCAACAAGGACCGCCUGGGGGCCUGGCUCAGUGAACGUCAGAUCGAGAAGGGUGGGUUUAAUGGCCGCCCAGAAAAGCUACCCGACUCUUGUUAUACAUGGUGGGUUGGAUCAAGCCUUGCAAUGAUCGAUCGACUUCAGUGGAUCGAUGGCAAGAAGCUUGCUGGUUUUGUCUUACAGUGUCAGGAUCCUGAAGCAGGUGGCUUUGCUGACCGACCUGGAAACAUGGUCGACGUUUAUCACACCCAGUUCGGUCUGGCAGGGUUAAGUCUGCUUGGCUUCGAGGGUUUACAAGAAGUAGAUCCUGUUUAUUGCAUGCCUAAAUCUGUUAUUACCCGAUGCUUUGCACGAUGA